GCGGGGCCGGCGCCGCCGGUGCGGCUCCCUCAGGGCAGGGCCGCGGGGACGCGGGGCCGCCAUGGACGAGCCCGAGCCGAGCGAGCGCAGCCCCUUGUUGAGCAGCGGGGAGCGCGGGCGGGCGGCGGCGGCCAGCGCGUUCCAGGGCCGGCGGCUGGCCUGCGCCGCCGUGCUGCUGGCCGAGCUGCUGGAGCGGGUGGCCUUCUACGGCGUCACCUCCAACCUGGUGCUGUUCCUGAACGGGCCGCCCUACGGCUGGGAGGGCGCCCAGGCCAGCCAGGCGCUGCUGCUCUUCAUGGGCAUCACCUACCUGGUGUCGCCGUUCGGGGGCUGGCUGGCCGACGCGCUGCUGGGCAAGUUCGGCACCAUCCUGCUGAGCAUGGCGCUGUACCUGCUGGGCAUGCUGGCCUUCCCCGUCAUCGCCGCGCCGCACACCCGCCAGGGCCUCUGCGGGGACAUCCCGCUGUUCCCCGUGGAGAACUGCUCCUCGCCCGCGGCCAACGCCACCCCGGCGCCCUGCUCCCAGGCGGGAGCCACCCGCUACUGCGCCACCGCCACCUUCGUGGGACUGGUCCUCGUGGGGCUGGGCGUCGGCUCGGUCAAGGCCAACAUCACCCCGUUCGGGGCGGACCAGGUCAAAGAUCGGGGCCCGGAAGCCACGAGAAGAUUUUUUAAUUGGUUUUAUUGGAGCAUUAAUUUGGGAGCUAUCCUGUCUCUGGGAGGCAUUGCAUACAUCCAACAGAACGUGAGCUUUGUUAUUGGAUACAGUAUCCCAACAGUCUGCAUUGGGAUUUCCUUCAUGGUUUUCUUAUGUGGUCAGAGUUUCUUCAUCACCAAACCCCCUGAUGGCAGUGCCUUCACAGACAUGUUCAAAAUCCUCACCUAUUCCUGCUGCUCCAAGAAGACACACAUGGAACGUUCAACCAGCAGUGAAGGCCAGGGAGUUCUUCACCCGCCUCGCAAGCAAAGCCUGUUUGAGAUGGCCAAGCUGUCUCGGGGGGGCCCCUUCAGAGAAGAUAAAGUAGAAGAUGUAAAAGCUCUUGUCAAGAUUAUCCCUGUCUUCCUGGCUUUAAUACCUUACUGGACAGUGUAUUUUCAAAUGCAGACAACAUAUGUAUUGCAAAGUCUCCAUCUGAAAAUUCCUGAGAUACCAAAUGACACCAACUCCAUCCACACGUUUCCAGCAGCCUGGUUGACCAUGUUUGAUGCAGUGCUUAUUCUGAUCCUAAUACCCUUGAAAGAUAAAUUGGUGGACCCCAUUUUAAAGAGGAAUGGCCUGCUCCCAUCCUCACUGAAGAGGAUUGCAGUUGGAAUGUUCUUUGUCAUGUGUUCUGCCUUUGCUGCAGGAAUUCUGGAAAGCAACAGACUGAAAAUUGUAAAGGUUAAAACAAUUAAUCAGACAAUUGGAAAUGUUACAUACCAUGCUGCAGAUUUGCCAAUAUGGUGGCAGAUUCCUCAAUAUGUGCUGAUUGGAUUCAGUGAAAUAUUUGCAAGUAUAGCAGGUCUAGAAUUUGCAUAUUCAGCUGCUCCCAAAUCCAUGCAGAGUGCCAUUAUGGGGCUGUUUUUUUUCUUUUCGGGGAUUGGAUCAUUUGUUGGCUCUGGAUUGUUGGCACUGGUGUCUAUUAAAGAAAUUGGCUGGAUGAGUAAUCACACGGAUUUUGGCAACAUUAACGGCUGCCAAUUAAACUAUUAUUUUUUUUUGCUGGCUGCCAUCCAAGGAGCGACCCUCUUGCUUUUCCUGAUUGUUUCUGUGAAAUACGACCACCAGAAGUCGAAGGGGAACGAAGCUGCUGCCAACGGGAGGAUCUGACCCCUGUUGCAGAGCAGCCUUUGUUGCAGCAGCACCCAGGGAAGUGGCAGCACUCCCAGAGCCCACGGGCUCUUGUUUUCUCCAGUGGGAUCUCCCCAGACUUGCAUGUCCCAGGAGUUCUCUCCCCUGCCCCCCUCGUGUAACGUAGGUAAGUGCCUUAUGUUGGUGGGGCUGUUUCUUGCACUACGUCCUGGCAGAGGACAAACAAACCUUGGAAGUGGAUUAACUCCAGGCAUUCGAGUUGCUCUUUGCUCAUUUGGGAGAUGUUUACUUAACUCUUCAAAGCUGGGACACUUACACUGGGAAAUGGAGUAUAAGGAGUCACAUGUGACAUGGACUGUUCCUGACCCAAAAGCUCGGUGGAGAGCAGUGGAGCUGGAGAAACCCUCGACAAUCUCAAGCCUACGUUGAGGACACAGGACAGAAAACUGUUUGACAGAAACCUCAGCUCGUGGUUACAAGAAUAAACUUUCAAUACCGAGAGUCGUUUUGGGGGGAGAAACAGGGACAAAUUAAAUUAUAAAUUAGGUCAGAUUAAAAACAAAUAUGAUUUUACAAUCGACCUUCUACUGGCAGUGUAUCAAGGGUUUAAGUCCAAACUUGCAGUCAGAAGUAUCCAAUACUGAAGACUGAACUAUAUAUCCCAGUAGCUUGUUAUACAACUGCUGUAAAUUUUGGUGCACAGUUAACACUUGUUGGGAGUGCAGUUGUUUAACUUCAGAAGUGGUUUUAUUUUUGAACCUGUGUUAGGACAACGCACACCUCUGGACAAAGCCCUGUUCAGUCUAAGUCUGUUACUCCCCUAAGGAGCAGCCUAAAUAUUUGCAGGAAGCAAAGUGAGCUGGAAUUCUCAGCAGAUCAAUGCGCAAUAACCAUUUAGCAGCCUCAGCCAGUCCCUUCAGUCUUGCCUCUUCCUUUUAGCUAACAGGGUUUGUAUCUUUCAGCAACACAUUCCUCCAGCAGAGCCAAUGGUUUUAUGUUCAGCCUCUUGAAUUUUACUGAUUCUAACAAUUGUACUUCAGGUUGUGUGCAGACUGGCGUGGAAAGUGCAAGGAAUUAUGCAGAAAGAAAAUAAAAACCUUUUUAUUAAUGUGUUGAAUUUUUAUAGUUUCCUUUGUCUGCAAUUAUGUUGUUAAAAUGUCCUUAUUUUGUACAUGGACAUUUUUUUUAAAUGAGUUUACAAAAUAAAAUGAACUUCCAUGCUGUGACUUUUGAUCCUUUGUUUCUAGGUGAAUAAAACUAUACUACAAAUA